CUCAAAUAUCACUCCAACGAUAUCGUUUAGAGGGAGUAUUUAAUUUUUGCCCUUUCGAAGCGUACCGUCUUGACCUGGCAGCACGAACAAUGAAACCUGGACCAACUUGAAAAUAGAGCAGAGCUUGUGACUGAAACCAAAACGGAGAAGGAGGAGAAACCAGAAGCAGAAAAAGCAUGGACGCAAAACCCGGUUCAGCUCCGACAACGUAUUCCCCGUCUCUGACUCAGAAAACCCGACCACCCAUUUUCAAAGGCAACGAUCUCGAUUGGGUUCGACCAGAUGGCCGCGGCUUCCAUCAGUGCCGACCCGCAUUUUUCAGGACAGGUGCUGUAAAUUCUGCUUCUGGAUCUGCUUAUGCUGAGUUUGGAAAUACCAAGGUCAUUGUGUCUGUAUUUGGACCAAGAGAAAGCAAGAAAGCAAUGAUGUACAGUGAUAUUGGGCGGUUAAAUUGUAAUGUCAGCUAUACAACUUUUGCCACUCCAGUUCGAGGACAGGGAUCAGACCACAAAGAGUUUUCCUCAAUGCUUCAUAAAGCUUUGGAAGGUGCAAUAAUGUUGGAAACAUUCCCCAAGACCACCGUGGAUGUUUUUGCAUUGGUGUUGGAAUCUGGGGGCAGUGAUCUUCCUGUAGUGAUAUCAUGUGCUAGUCUUGCCCUUGCAGAUGCAGGGAUCAUGAUGUAUGACCUUGUUGCUGCAGUUUCUGUGUCCUGUCUAGGGAAAAAUCUCGUGAUUGAUCCUAUUCUCGAAGAGGAAAGCUACCAAGAUGGAAGCUUAAUGCUUACAUGUAUGCCUUCUCGUUAUGAGGUCACUCAAUUAAUAUUUACAGGAGAAUGGUCAACCCCAGAUAUUAAUGAGGCAAUGCAGCUUUGCCUUGAUGCUUGUGGUAAGCUUGGUAAAGUCAUGAGGUCAUGCUUGAAGGAAGCUACGUCUGCUUCACAAGAGUAAAAAGGGCCUCUUACUUUUUGUUUUUACAACACAAACUCUCUCUCUUUCUCCUUUCAACCUUUUCUUCAGUGUAUUAUGCAGACUUUCUGAGAAUUUUGUAAUCGAGUCGAGUUUAUUUCCCCACAUUUCAAAUGUUAUUUACAUUGAUUCCUAGUUCCACUAAAAAUCAAUCAAUAUGAGAAGUUUUAAGCAGCAGAUUGUCUUUUAUUAGAUUUGAAUCAGAAAUUGUAAAUGAAUUUUGCUGUUGGUUUA